UUCUUUUGUAACCAGGUAAAUGAGGAUUCUAUGGAGCCACCGCUUGAAUGCAGUAAAGAAACCAAUAAUAUAGGAAGAAAAAAUCCUCUCAAGGUGAUGAUCUUGCAGAAUUCUUGAUCCCACAGAUAAGAAAGAAAAAAGGAGUCAAGUAUCUGUAUUGCAAUAAACACCCUUAUUACUGUUGAUAUGCCGGAGAAACCCUAUAAAUGCCUGGAGUGUGGAAAGAGUUUUGCUUGGAGUAAAGACCUACGUUCACAUAAGAGGACUCACACUGGGGAGAAACUCUAUACAUGCCUGGAGUGUGGACAGAGCUUCACUCAGAAUAGAACUCUACGUAGACAUCAAAGGACUCACAAUGGAGAAGAACCCUAUAAAUGCCUGGAGUGUGGAAAGAGUUUUGCUUUGAGUUCACUUCUAAGUUCACACCAAAGGACUCACAAUGGAGAAGAACCCUAUAAAUGCCUGGAGUGUGGAAAGAGUUUCGCUUUGAGUUCACUUCUACGUUCACAUCAAAAGACUCACACUGGGGAGAAACCCUUUAAAUGCCUGGAGUGUGGCCAGAGUUUUACUUCGAGUUCAAAUCUACGUUCACAUCAAAAGACACACACUGGGGGAAAGCCCUUUAAAUGUCUAGAGUGUGGAAAGAGCUUCACUCAGAAUUCACAUCUACAUUCACAUCAGCAGACUCACACUGGGGGGAAACCCUUUAAAUGCCUGGAGUGUGGCCAGAGUUAUGCUCGAAGUUCAUAUCUACGUUCACAUCAAAGGACUCACACUGGGGAGAAACCCUUUAAAUGCCUGGAGUGUGGAAAGAGUUUUACUCGGAGUACAAUCCUACGUUCACAUCAAAGGACUCAUACUGGGGAGAAACCAUUUAAAUGCCUGGAGUGUGGCCAGAGUUUUGCUCGAAGUUCAUAUCUACGUUCACAUCAAAAGACACACACUGGGGAGAAGCCCUUUAAAUGCCUGGAGUGUGGAAAGAGCUUCACUGCAAAGGAAUAUCUACGUUCACAUCAAAGAAUUCACACUGGGGAUAAACCCUUUAAAUGCCUGGAGUGUGGCCAGAGUUUUGCUCAAAAUUCACAUCUACAUUCACAUCAAAGGACUCACACUGGGGAGAAACCCUUUAAAUGCCUGGAGUGUGGAAAGAGCUUCUCUCAGAAUGCACACCUACGUAAACAUCAGAGGACUCACACUGGGGAGAAACCUUAUAAUUGCUUAGAGUGUGGACAGUGCUUCACUCAGAAUUCACAUCUACGUUCACAUCAAAGGACUCACACUGGGGAGAAACCCUUUAAAUGCCUGGAGUGUGGAAAGAGCUUCUCUCAGAAUGCACACCUACGUAAACAUCAGAGGACUCACACUGGAGAGAAACACUUUAAAUGCCUGGAGUGUGGACAGAGCUUCACUGAGAAUGGAACUCUACGUACACAUCAAAGAAUCCACACAGGGGAGAAACCCUAUAAAUUCCUGCAGUGUGGAAAGAGUUUCGCUCUGAGUGAUAUAUAAUAUAAUAAUAAAACUUUAUUUAUAGACCGCCGUCUCUCCCCAAGGGGACUCAGGGUGGUUUACACACACAAAAAAAAAUCAAACAUUUAAUACCCUAUGUGAAUACUAAGAUCUUUAAAAUAAUACAAAAUAAUAACACAAACUUAUAA